GCAGUUGAUACGGAAAAUAUCAAAAGAGUGUUUAAUGAUUGUCGAGAUAUAAUUCAAAGAAUGCAUCUUCGCCAAUAUGAGUUGUUAUAGGUUUAUUUUUAGUGUCAGUGGAAAUAAAAAUAUGCAAAUAAAAAACAAAAUUCUUUAAGAACAAUUAAAUAAAAAUACCAUGUUUGAUCAAAGACAGAUAUACAUUUUUUUUAUUUCUAAAAGCAAUGCAUCGACCAAAAUAAAAAAAGUGUUAUUCUAACCCAAAAAGUAGUACCAACAGGUUCUAAACCAAACAAUGUUUAUAGUGUUGCACGCCGCGUUAAAAAAUGACCUCGAAAUUUUUUUAUCUUCACAUUCUAAUAAUUCUAACGCUGCUCCAAUUGAUUACUGCCAAUGAAGAUGAAAGUCCAAUAAAAUUGGAAGUGGUUCGGAGUGCACGUACUUGCCGUCGUUGCGUUGGGAAACUUCAGUCGACAGGCCUUAUUAAACAGUUGAAGACCUUGAGAAUUAAUAGGCGUUGGGAAAAUGAAAAAGAGUUUCGCAAGGGUAUACGCUUUAAAUAUUAUCGUGAUGGUGAAAAGGUUUACGAAAGCGCCAGCGAUGAUCCCAAAGCUCUGUCCAAAUCUGGCUGUUCGCCGGAUGAUAAAUUUGCAUUUAUAUUACAUGGCUGGCGGCAAAGUUGCGAAACCGAAUGGGUGCUCACCCUCAUUGAACGCCUUACAUAUCACCGUGGCGGUUGCAUUGUGUGCAUAGACUAUGAAGUCUUCGCCAAGGACUCUUAUAUGUGGUUAUACAGAAGCUUUCGCCGCAUUUCCAAUAUAAUUACAAAACGAAUGUUGCUUCUAAUUAACGAAGGCUUCGAUCCCGAUAAUGGUUAUAUGUUCGGUUUUAGUUUCGGCGGGCAGCUGGCGUCGGCCAUCGGGCGUAGUUUGAGUGAACGAUAUCUCUUUCGCAGCAUUGAUACUUGUGACAUGGCUGGUCCCGGUUUUGAUGUCUUCAUCCACAUCGAUCAUCGUGAGGCCGCCCGUCACGUACAGUGCUUGCACUCUAGUCGUGAUAAGGGCACACAGAUCUACACUUGCCAUCAGAAUGUUCGUUUGGGUAGCUGCGGUCACUAUCAACCGGCUGCCUCCAGUCAACCCUAUUAUAGCAGUCACGGCUUAUGCGUACAAAUAUAUAUAAAUGCCUUCGAUUAUCCCUUCUAUGCGAUGCAAUACGAACCGACAUGGUGUGCUUCAAAGCGGGCCGCUAUAAAUAUACCGUAUAAAUACACGAUUGGCUACAAUGAGACGCCUGAUUCUAAUAUUAGCGGUGAAAUUUUUGUGCCAACUAGUCUACAUUUUCCAUAUAAUUUUUCGGAAAAAGAGAUGCUCAUGUUGGGAUUCUUCGAUGAAAAUACGGAUAUAUAAGCACAAUAGCACUUGAAUAAUCACUAGAAACAGUAAAAAUGAGCAUCAUCACUAAAAUCCCGGUGGCACAGAAUCUAAGUAAUAGCUUGCAAUUGCCCGUCCGCCUUGCAUACAAAUAAAUAUGCAUUUAAUACACAGACAGUCAAACUGUCAGAAAGAAGAUUUUAACUGCACAUUUACUAAUAAAAUUACUCAUGCAUUUAAAACAAUGAAUUAAAGCAACACUAACUUUUUAUGAAAAUAAUUUUUUUAUAAAUAAAAUUUAAUAAAUUCGUAUUGAGGUUUUUUAAUUUAGUGCAAACAAAAAAUAUUCGUGAUUAAAUUUAUAGUGGUAGUGAAUUAGUGGCAAAUCGUGAUGCAUUUCCAUUUCAACACCCUGUUGACCACAGGACAUGGAGCACCUAUGUGACAAAGUCACUACUCCACCAUAAAGCGACUGUGGUGCAGUUAUUCACAGUACGCUAUUCCAAAGGUUGGAGGUUCGAGACCGGCUUGAAGCUUGGAGCAAUGAAGUUAAUAUAUUGUACCUAUAUAGUAAUAUAUAUAUAUUUGGAUGAAAGUACAAAUAAUUUCACAAAGAUAAAUAACAAGAAGAAUAUGUGUAAAUAUAAACAAAAUAACAACAAUGACAUAUGACAUAUGCGUACAAUUGUUUAUGUAUAGAAAUACAGAAGAUAAUAUAAUAUCAAUAUACGAAAAAGAAGGAACACAAAAAAAAAA